AUGAACCGGCUGCACGUGCUUCUGCUGGCCGGCGCCCUUCUCUGGGCCCUCGUCACCGGGCUCAUAUUCGUGCAGAUCAACCAGAGUCGCUUGCACGGCGUCUUGCACUCGCAGGCAAUCGUACUGGAACGAGACGUGCGCUCGCAGCUCGACUCUAACGACGAAGUGCUCGACCAGCUUAAGCAGUGGAAGAAAGCGAUCGACGACGCCAGGGAGGAACAGGAGGUCAUCGCAAUCCUGGUGCUCACCUGCAACCGAGUGUCCGUGACACGCACGCUGAACCAGGUGAUGCGGUACCGCCCGUCGCAGCCACGGUUCCCUGUCAUCGUGAGCCAGGACGGCUACAACAACGAGACCUCCGAACUACUUCUCCGGUAUCAGCGGAAGCACAAGUUCACCCUGCUUCAUCAGCCCGAUCAGAAGAAGCUCACAGAGGGUAUAACGGCGGUGUUUAACAUCGAGGGUUACCACCGCAUCUCGCGGCAUUACAAGUGGGCGCUCACGCAAGUUUUCAAUCGUCUGAAACACACCGCCGUCAUUGUGCUUGAGGACGACCUGGACAUUGCGCCCGACUUCUUCGAGUAUUUCGCUUCGCUGCUUUCCAUUCUGCGGAAGGAUCCCAGCUUGUUUUGCGUGUCUGCUUACAACGAUAACGGCAAGCGAAGUCACAUCUCUUUGCUGCCGGACAUGCUACACCGCACAGACUUUUUCUCAGGCUUAGGGUGGCUCUUGACUCGUGAGUUAUGGAAUGAGAUUGGUCCUCGGUGGCCUAAAGCUUUCUGGGAUGACUGGAUGCGGCAGCCUCAACAACGCAAAGGCCGCGCGUGCAUCCGGCCCGAAGUGUCACGCUCACGGACGUUCGGUCGUAUAGGCGUCAGCGAAGGGCAAUUCUUCGACAAGUACUUGAAAGACGUGUACCUCAACAACGUCUUCGUGCGCUUCAGUGGCAUGGACUUAAGUUACUUGCUCCAAACUCGCUAUGAUCACGCGUUUCAAAUGACAGUUAGCGAGAGCAGAGUAUACACUUUCGAGGAUCUCAAAAAGGGACUCAUUGCUCAAACUCCGGCAAGGAUACCUUACGCGAAUGAGAGUGAGUUUGCUGAAAUCGCGAAAGUUCUGAACAUCAUGAACGAUUUUAAGGCAGGUGUUCCGCGUACCGCUUACAAGGGCGUUGUGAGCACUUAUAUUGACGGGAUACGGUUGUUCGUUGUGCCUCAUCCGUGGCCCUUUGAACCUCAUCCCUACAAGGCGAACCGACAUCAACUGAGUGGUCAGCUCGCGCCGCGGCCGCUGCGGUAG